AUGCUGUCCGUUGUGGUCGGCUUGGUGUUAUCCAGUCAGGCUGCCGGCGCUUUCAACGUCAGCUAUGAGCCUGUAGUCUUCCCGGCAUUACGCGCCGGCACUUCAAGAAGUUUUUUGGUGGACGUUAAUCUGGAGGAGGCGUCAAAUAAUACGAUAGCCAUAAACUGCGUGGAUACUGCUGUUUGUGAAGUAGUACGCGUCGACCAGCCUCUAGAUGAUGGGCAAAAUGCCCUCAACGUCACGAUCGAGGGGAAAUUUGUUGGUGUCACUUUCCUAAACGUCAGCUAUGGAAAGCAAACUGAUCUCUCGCUGAAACUGCGCAUCGAGCGUUCCGAUUGGGAACAUGUUAAGGCAAAACUCUUCGUGGUCUCGUUGAUCAUUUUCAUCCCGAUAAUUACGUUCUUGAUGGGCACACAAUUGGAAAUGGAAAAAAUCAUCGCCAUUUGGAAGCGCCCUAUCGGACCGUUGACCGGCAUGUUGUGCCAAUUUGGGAUUAUGCCAUUGGUUGCCUAUUCAAUGGCAAAAUAUAUCCUCUGGGAUCAGGAUAUCUCGAUACGGCUGGCCCUCUUUGCCGCCGGCACUUGCCCGGGUGGAGGGAAAAGCUCGUUCUGGACAAUUAUCUAUGGCGGAAACUUGGAUCUGUCCAUCUCGAUGACAUUCUCGCAACAUGUAGCGGCUCUAAUCAUGAUGCCGGUAUGGAUCGAAACUCUAGGGAAAGAAUUUACAAGCACCGAGGUACACAUUCCGCAUUGGGACAUUAUCAAAGGCCUAACUGCACUUAUGGUACCGACAAUAGCUGGAAUGGUAUUCAUCCACUUCAAAAAGCACCUAUACCUGAAAAUUCAAAAGUGGAUCAAGAGGAUCGUUUGGGUCGCGCAGUUCUUCUUCGCCACAGUGAUGAUCUACUCGAAUUUCUACGUAUUUUUCUUGCUAAACUGGAAAAUGCUGUUCUGCGCCUGUGCGUUGCCGUGGUCAGGUUAUAUCAUCGCGUUGAUCGUGGCAACAAUCUUUCGAAUGGAUUAUGCCGACAAGGUGACGAUCGCCUUAGAGACGGGAAUACAACACAUCAGCAUCGCUGUCAUUAUUCUAAUCUGGUCGUUGCCCGAACCCGAGGUUGAUCUAGCCGUGGCAAUCUUGCUAGUCGGGAUGCUGAUGACGGACAAGCCCCUCAUGUUGCUCUACGGCAUCAUCAAAUUCUACAAAAGAUGCCUCCGGAAGCCUAAAGAAAAAGUUGCGCCACAGCCGGAAAUUUCCGUAGAAAAAGCGCCGCUCGGCACCGCAGAAACAUUCACAACCAAUUCCACGGGUGUAGUUUCCAAA